CUGUCAUAGGGUCUCCUAGCUGGGAAAGUCAGCGGGGUAUAUAAGCGGCAGAGCAGUCCCGGCUCUAAGAGGCACCCCGAGGGGUAACGGUGUGGGGGCAGCACGACAAGAUGAAGUCUUGCACGGGCCUUCUCUGCGCCCUGGCAUUCCUGAUGGCUGCUACUGCCCCCAGAGCAGGCUUUGCCCAGGAGACAGAAUCCAGCUGCUGUGCACAGCUGAAGGGAAUAUCCCAGUGCGGAGCAGACAAGAAGAUCUUUUUCCAGGGCCAGCCAGGGAUCCCAGGAAUGCCGGGCAUGCCAGGGACAAAUGGCCUACCUGGGGCUAAAGGAGAUCCAGGCCCUCAGGGGCCCCCAGGCGAGAAGGGCUCCCCUGGGGCCAUGGGGAAGGCUGGACCCAAAGGAGAUAAAGGAGAAACCAGCAGUUCUGCCAGCUCUCAGCAGCAAGGGCCAGGUGCCAGGAACUGCAAGGAGCUGCUGGAGCAGGGAGAGGGGCUGAGCGGCUGGUACCCCAUCCACCCCCAACCGGGGAGGAUGCUGACCGUCUUCUGUGACAUGGAAACGGAUGGCGGGGGCUGGCUGGCGUUCCAGCGGCGACAGGACGGGUCAGUGGAUUUCUAUCAGGGCUGGGAGGCCUACAAGAGAGGGUUUGGAAACCAAGCAUCGGAGUUCUGGCUGGGCAACGACAACAUCCACCUUCUCACCAGCACCGGGACCUACCAGCUGCGGAUUGAUGCCAGGGACUUCAAUGAGUCCAGCACGUUUGCCAAGUACACCAGCUUCAAGAUGCUGAGCGAAAAGGAAAACUACACGCUCGCCUUGGGCUCCUACUUGGAUGGCACCAUGGGAGAUUCUCUCUCGGGACACAACAAGCUGGGGUUCUCCACACAGGACAAAGACCACGACACCUUUGGGGGCAGCUGUGCCAUCCUCUACAAAGGCGGCUGGUGGUAUGGGCAGUGCCACUCCUCGAACCUCAAUGGGCUGUACCUCAAAGGUGAACACAGCUCCUACGCCAACGGGAUCAACUGGUCCACCGGGAAGGGGCACCACUACUCUUACAAAUACGUGGACAUGAAAAUAAGGCCCCAGUAGGCAGUCUCUCUCUCUCUGGGGACUGGGCUGAUGCUACAGGGAACCUUCCUCAGGGACCUACUGACGGCUGACCUACUGACUGACCCCCUUCUGCAGCGCUAGGAAACCGGGAACUUGCCAUUAGCUGUGCUACUGCAGCCUGCAAUUCAGUCUCCUCUCCAGGCUUUAGCCCUGCAGGUGGUGUCCCCUCAGGGGCUAAAGCAGGAGCAUCCCCCCCUCCCCCACAGCUCUUUCUUUCCUUGGCUGGCCCAAUGAGAGCUCUACC